UUCCUGGUGAUGGCUUAUAGAAUCAUAAACAAAAGAAGGCACAUAGGACUUCAACAACUUUCAUCAUUUGCAGAAAUAGGAAGAAGUUUAAUAGGUCCAGUAAAAUCAUCCAAAUUUAUUAUAGAUGAAGAAAGUCACGAAAGUGUGUUAAUCAGUUCAACAGUAAGGCUUCUUGAAAACUUGGAUUUAACCAGUGCAGUGGGACAACUUCUCAAUGAAGCAGUUCAAGCACAAAAUAACACAUACAGAACUGGAACCAGUACUCUGUUGUUUCUUGUUGGUGCGUGGUGCAGUGCAGUUGAAGAAUGUCUUCAUCUGGAUGUCCCCAUUUCCAUAAUAGUGUCAGUAAUGUCCGAAGGCUUGAACUUUUGUAGUGAAGAGGUAGUUUCCCUUCAAGUACCUAUCCACAAUAUAUUUGAUCAUAUGGACAACACAUUUUCUGGACUUGAAACAUGUAGUGUCACUUUGUGUCCUUUCCUACAAGUCUCUUCAGAUACCGGUUUGCAACAGGAAGAGCUUGAUCUCAAAGAUGUUGCCUCUCAAUCUUUGACCAAUCUUUCUGGGGGACCUGUUAAAUCACUUAACUUCUUCAAACCUCAGACUAAGGUUGAAGUGGAUAAAAACACAUCACAAACUCUGAAAAACAGUCUGUUUGCAGAUACUUGCUGCAGAAAGUCAGUACUGAACCACAGUAGGCACUUUAAAAGACCAGACAGUAAUGAACAGAUAAGCAAACUAGAUGGAUUUCUAGAACAUGGUGCAGCUAAUCCCAGAAGUUACAGAUGUAAUGAUUUGGUAGAAUUGGCAGUAGGCUUGAGUCAUGGAGACCUCAGCAACAUGAAAUUAGUAGAAGAAGCAGUACAGGUGCAAUAUCGGAAUGCACAUAUGAAACAAGUUAAUUCUCCAGCGCCAUUUAUGUUUGACAUUUCAAAGAUCUUCACUUGCUGUCUACCAGGUUUACCUGAAAGUUUUUCUUGUAUUUGUCCAGGAUAUGUCACUGCUGUAUCAGUAUCUAGUACUAAUCUGAUCAAGGAAUUGCAGAAUCAGCCUGUCCGGCUAGUUCUUAUUGAGGGUGACCUCACAGAGAAUUAUCGCCACCUGGGAUUUAAUAAGUCUUCAAAUAUUAAAACUGUAUUUGAUAGCAUGAAGCUUCAAGAAGACAGCUCAGAAGAACUGUGGACAAAUAGUGUGUUACAGGUAUUAAUCCAGUUCAAUGUGAACCUUGUCCUGGUACAAGGGAAUGUUUCUGAAUGCUUAGUUGAAAAAUGCAUACACAGUAAGCGGUUGAUAAUUGGGUCAGUGAAUGGCACUGUGAUGCAGGCUUUUGCAGAAGCUACAGGAGCAGUACAGGUGGUCUACAUUACACAAGUGAAUGAAGACUGUGUGGGCAAUGGGGUCCAUGUGACCUUCUGGAAAAGCAAUCCCUUAGAUGUUGUAGAUAGGAAUGACAGAAUAGCAAUCUUGUUAAAAACAGAAGGAAUUGAUUUGGUUACAGCAGUCCUUACUAACCCAGUCACUGCACAAAUGCAAACCAAAGAAGAUAGGUUCUGGAGUUGUGCCUAUCGUUUGUAUUAUGCCCUAAAAGAGGAAAAGGUCUUUCUCGGAGGUGGUGCAGUUGAAUUUUUGUGUCUUAGUCAUCUUCAAAUUCUUGUGGAGCAAUCUCUGAAAAAAACAAACCAUGCCUCUUCGGUGUGGCUUCGUAAUACCUCAUCUUGGCUGGCUUCAUCUCUGGAGAUAUACAGACCAACUGUGCUUAAAUUCUUGGCAAAUGGAUGGCAAAAAUACCUUUCAACUCUCAUAUAUAACACUGCCAACUAUUCAUCAGAAUUUGAAGCCAGCACAUUCAUUCAACAUCAUCUACAAAAGGCUACAGAGUCUGGCUCUCCUUCAUCUUACAUCUUGAAUGAAUAUCAUAAAAUAAAUAGUGGAAUUUUUAAUUCAGGCAUUUCAGAUAAACUGGAGCACAUUCCAAGAGUUUAUGACAUUGUUACACCAAAGAUUGAGGCAUGGCGCCGAGCGCUGGAUUUAGUACUAUUAGUACUUCAGACAGAUAGUGAAAUCAUUACUGGACUUGGACACACACAGAUAAACUCACGGGCAUCAGAGGGCUUUUUAUUUUUGUAGUGUUACUGGCUUAGUCUUUGGAAAAUAAUCUCUUGUAAUAGAUUAUGGUAAUAAUAAAUUGACUAAUAGCCAAAUC